AUUUAUAUUAACCUUCAAAGUUAAAUAUUUAUAUAUAAAAAAAAAAAAAAAAUAUAAGUGAUUAUUCAAAAAUGUCAGAAGAUAUAAAACUACAAGAAGCUGUGAAGAAAACACAAGAUUUGCUUGGUAAAUAUAUAAAAAAACCUCCACUGACUGAUAAAUUAUUAAAAAAACCACCAUUUCGUUUUAUACAUGACAUAAUAACGUCAAUAAUAAAAGAAACAGGAUUUUUAAAAAAUUUAUUUACUGACGACGAAUUAAUAAGUACAAAUAUCAGUGAUAAAGAAGCUAAGAUUGAAUAUUUAACAAAAUUAAUUGACGCGGUUAAAUUGAUAACCGGCAAUAACGAUUUGAAUGUAAGACCGUCAAAAAUAAUUUCCGGCCAAGAGCCGAUCAAAACGAAUGAAUUAUUUCACGCGAUAGGACGCGCUUUGGACAAAAAAGUAUCGAGCGAUGAAGCUAUCGAGUAUUUUAAGAAUAAUAUCAACAAGAAAAGCAAAGAAAAAAGUUUGAAGAAGAAAAGUAGAUCACCUGAAGUCAAUUUGGCGAGCAAUGAAAAGAGUGGAGUUAAAAAGACAGUGAGAAAGUCUACUGAUAAAUUAGAUAAAGUGGGAAAAGAAAGUGAUAAGAAGAGAAGUUCAACAAAACAAUCGGGAGAGUUAAAAAAACGCGAUAGCAGCAUCGAUAGAAAAGUUAGCGAUAAUUCUAAAUUGACAAAAGAUAAUUUAAAAAGAAAAGAUACGAGCGGGAAAAAAAAAGAUGAUAAAAAACCGUCGGAAAAACGGGUCAGAAGUAAAGAAAGUUCGAGUUCGCAUAAAGAAACUGUUUUGCCGGCAAAGGUUGAGAAGUCUGCUGACUUGGAAGAUAAAACAGAUUUGCCGAAGGUCGAUAACAAAGAAGAAGUCAAUGAAGUACAAGAUUCUGAAGGCGUAGAAGAAGCAGCGACAGUUAAAAGUGAGCAAAAAGAAGUAAUCGAUGAUUCUCAUCUGGAAUCUAGUGAACCGGUUAAUGAUAAAACAGUUUCGAGUAAAACGGCCGAUAAAACAGAGGAAGAAAAAGAAGUAAAGCCGGAUGGUUUGAAAAAACAAAGCAAAUCUGUUGAAAUAGUAGACAGUAGAGCUGAUGGAAUAAAAAAUUCGGGAAUAGUCAAGACUUCUUCAGGAUUUCUUAGACCUCCGACCGCAAGGCCGCCUAGUGCACGUCCAGCAGCGCCACGAUUGCGUGGUAAAACAGAUUUUAUAAUCAACAACAAUGCGGUCAAUCAGAUUGCGGAUAUAAAUGUCAUUGUACAGAACUUCGAUAUGAAAGAAGACGAUGCCGAAGAUAUGGUAGUUGUUGAGUCGAGUAUCAAUGAUGAUAAUAAUUCAUUACUCAAUAAUAUUAAUAAUAAUAACAUAAGUAAUGAUUUGAAUGAUAAACAAGUGACGCAAGAACACGGUUAUUUAGUAGCACAAAUACUUGAAACACAGCGUGAGUUAGUCAAUGAAGAUAACGUCGAAUUGAUACCAAAUAAAGUGGAAAUCGAGUGGGAGUCGGGUGUCAAGAAAGAUCGCGAUUUUGUUAUCAAAGAAAUAGAUAAAUUACGAGGGACAAUACAGACAUUGACGCGAACUACCAAUCCGUUGGGUAAAUUGUUUGAUUUUCUGCAAGAAGAUGUCGAAAUAAUGCAGCGCGAAUUACGCGAUUGGCGGAAUCAGUUCAAUGGGAUAAGAGAGCAAUUAAUUGUUGAAAAAAGUAAAACAUCGAAUUUAUUGAAGCCGCUUGAAGAUUCAUUGAGUGAUGUUGAGAAUAAUAUUAAAUUACAAAUGGAUAAAAUUUAUCAGACUAAGGCUAAUAUUUUGAGAAAUAAUCUGAAAAUUUCAAGAUUACUCAGUGGUCAAUAGUUCAUUGUUUAUUACUUAUCACUUUCUAUGUAUUAUUACACGGAGAAAAAAUUAUGGUAACCUUUUCUACCCUGUUUGUAAAAUAUAAACCCAUAACGUUACACUGUGAAAAAUUCCCAACAAAUUUUACUAUGGGUGCAUAGUAACACCGGACUAUAAGAAAACUGGUACAAAAUUUACAAGUGUCCAAUAGUAAACGUAUGCGUAGACUACACGAUUGUGGCCUAUGCGCAUACGUUUACUAUGGGACAAUUCUAAAUUUUGAAUCGGUUUUCUUAUCGUCCGGUGUUACUAUGCACCCAUAGUAAAAUUUGUUGGGAAUUUUUCACAGUGUAUGGUAACAAUUACUAGGAAUUAUGGGAUAUACGCCUCCCUGGUGGAAAUUUUUCGGACUUUUUUCUCAAAAGCUCAGAAAAAUUCGUUAGAAUUUUAGAACUGAGUUAUUCAGAGAAAAUUCCGAAAAAUUUCCACCAGGGCCAUUAUUCCUGGGAAAAGUUUCCAUAGCUAUAGAAACAAUUUCUAUAGUUAUGGUAACAGAUUCUAUAUCGUAUGGUAACUGAAUUCCCUAGCGGAUCUGAAUUACGGUAUCCAGCAGAAUUGCUGUUAUUUACGGCAAAUGCCUUAAAUUACCGCAAAUUACGACAAAAUACCAUAUGGCGGUAAAUUGCCGUAAAUUUACCGUAAUUCGGAUCCACUGGAGUUAUGGUAAUGAUUACCGUACUCGUUAGAAUAAUUACUAUGAUAUUAUGGUGAUCAUUACCAUAAUAGAUAGUAUACCCUGACAAAUCCGAAUUACGGCAAAUUUACGGCAAUUUACCGCAUUCUGCUGUAAUUUACCGUGAAUGCGGCAUUCUGCGGAAAAUUUGCCGCGAUUUAUGGUAAUUUACGGCCAUUUUCCAGGAAUGUACCGUAAUUUUCGGUCUUUUUACAGCAAUCGCGAUAAAUAACGGCAAUAUACUGUAAUUUGCGGCAUUUUAACCGUAAGCACCGUAUGCUUGUUUAACUUUAGGGUUUUUAUAGUGCAAUCUUUUACUUUACAGUAAAAUACCGUAGGCUUGACGCAAUUUGACGGUAAAUUACCGUACUUUUACGUCAAAUUUACGGUAAAAAUACUGCACUUUUGCCGUGAAAUGCCGUACGCUUACCGUAAAGUACCGUAAGUUUAUCAUAAACUUACGCAUUUUACCGUAAUUUUUCCAACUGGCGUAAAUUACCGGUAAUUGCUGUAAUUUACCGUAAAUCGGAUCCACCAGGGUAAUGGUUGCUAUAUACUAUUAUGGUGAUGUUUACCAUAUUACAUGGUAACAGUUACUAUAAUAGUAUGGGGACGAUAACCAUCCGUGGUUAAAAAAGAGAAUUAAAAAGGAUUGAGCCAUGUAACGGGGCCUUUUAGAAUAGGAUUGGCAGUAUUAAAAAGAAUUAAAAAUAUUGAAAAAUUAAUUCUUUUUAAUGUUUUUUGAUUCUCUUUUUUAAUCAGGGAUAGUAGUAUGGCAACCCUAUUCAAAAAUUAUCAUAGAAUCCAAUCAAAUGCGACAAAUACCGCAUAGAAACCAGUACAGUCUAUAGGAUUCUAUGCGGUUUUUGUCGCAGUUGAGUGGAUUUUAUGGGAAUUUUUGAAUAAGGAACGGUUACUGUAUAUAGAUAGCAAUUGUUACCAUAAUUUGUAUUAUAAGUGCCAUUUCUACACCCGAUAUUUAAAAAAACCAGACCAAACUUUAUGGGAAUCAUUCCCAUAAUAUAUUGCAAUUGUUACCAUAAAAUUUUCUCCGUGUAUAAAUGAUUAUUAAAAAACAAUGUGUUUGUUUGCACAACUUUACUUGAGUUUGUAUGCCAAUAAAAAAUAUUUGUAUAUAUCAGCAUAUAGAUGUUUAAAAUUUAUUAUAUUUGUUAGAAA